AUGGCUGAAGCAGCACCUACAGCGCCGAAUUGUUUAAAAACUAUUGAAUGGAUGUGGCAGUCAAAUCCAAACCCGUGGUCAAAAUCGGAGCCAGCUGAGUGGAGUCAUUAUUCUGAUUUGGAAAAUUUAAUCAUCGAAGAAGCAUUUCAAGAUAAACAACCACGAGCACUUUUGGAUGAUUAUUACAUUGAUUUCAAAAGGAAACGUCAAAUACUGAACCUCGACGAGUACAAACAAAGACCGAUAGAACGAGUAGAGCGUAAGAGAGAAGACAAACAUUUACGAGAAGCACGUUUUAUGGACCUUCCUGUUGGUAAAGGACGUUCAUUUGGUGGUCAAUAUGGUUGGGUAUCUCCAUUUGUAAUUGAAGUUAGAAGAUACUUGAAACUUGAACCGGAUGAUUUACCUUCCAAAAAGCCAAACAUGAUCCCAAUGCUCAUAGAAAAAGCUGCCCGUGGUAUCAUUGAAGAAGGAAAACAUAUUGGAAAAGAACGAGAAGCCGAAAAAUUGGCUAAAAUGCUCAGAGAAAAGAAGAACGCAGGAAUGGAGGAAGUAUGGAAAUGCUGUGCAUAUCUUUACACAUUGGAAAGUUUCCUAUACAAAACAUUGAAUGCAGCGAUGAGAUUAGUAGGAGACAGCGAACAUGAACAAGUAUGGCGAAGUAAAGUUCGGACAUUGGGUCCAUUUGGUUUAUUACUUUGGGAUGAUCCAUUUAAUACAAAACUGACAACCAAAAAGACACUUUACCGAGGAGCCGAACUGACUAAGGAACAGAUCGCUAGUUAUGAAGAAAUGGCAAAAGACGAGGCAUAUGGAUCAUUUCAAGCGUAUACAUCGACUAGUCGUAAUCGUGAAAAAGCAGAACGAUUUGGAAAUACAUUAUUCAUCAUGGAAGUAUUGAUAGCUUUUAUUGCUGAUCUUAGUCUAUUAUCCGAAUAUACUAAUGAAGAAGAAGAACUUGUUACGCCAGGUGUUUGUUUUCGUGUUAAAAGUGUUGAAUUCAAUCGCAAGAUAAACAAGCAUUUGAUCCACUUGCUACUACGACAACGAUUUUCGAGUAAGCAAGGCAAUUUUUUUUCUAAUGAAUUUUAUACUAUGAAAAUAUCUUUUCAUAAAAUUCUAUUGUUAUUCCAUACGUCACAUUAAGAUUGCAAUCAUUGGCAAAAUUACAGUCUCAUCAUAUAUCUUGAGGUUCCAUAAUAUAUUGUCAUAAAUAAUAAUAUUUUAACGAAGGAUACAAAAUUUAAUGCACAAAAGUUAGCUCAUAUUUUAUGGGCUAAAGCAUGGGUGAACAACCUUGAAAGUAUAUCUGCAGAAUCGAACGGGUUACCCAUAACAAGAAUUCCCCUCCAAGAGUUUUCUACAUAUCUCUUCCAAUUGUUGAUGAUCCAGCUUGCAUUUUUUCAAAAGAAGGUUCAUAAACUUCUCUACAAAGUUGCAUAACUGGAAAACUAUACUUGAUUCGUAAUAAUAUACUCUAAUAAGAUUUAUUUUCAAGCUUUUAUUCUUGUUCUUUUUCAUUUUGAGUUCACGGAAAGCUGUAUCAGUUGAGCAAGUAAUUUCUUCGCCAUAAUGGACACCUUCUUUAUUCACGUUUUAAGAAUUUUCCACAUAGGUUCCAUAAAAUGUUUAUUUAGUGAAGUCAAAUUUUCCACUAAUGUGGCUUCAACUUUAUUAUUGUCUUGAAGGAAAUUUUUUUUCUAAGAUUUAGACCUGAGAGGACUUUUGCAAAGAGUUUUGUUAGGCUCUCGUUGGGGGAAAUUGUGAUUCUAGCCUGACACUAUCGGUUAUGGCCAGAUGAUCAGUAUAUUUAAUCCCGGUCUGCAACGGGAACGAGAGAUCUAACGUAAAUGAAGUAAAUAAUCAUACUGACUUUGAUUACGUUGAUAAUAAGAUGAAUGAGUUGGAGAUAUAUAUAUGGGUUUAUUAAUAUGAAUAUAUUCAUAAACAUAUAAUAAUAAUAACAAUAUAAUAAUGAAGAACAAUAUGGGAAGGGAAAAGAUAAGGGAAGAGAAAAACAACUUGCGACCACCGAGGAGGAAAAUCAACACCAACUGAAGAGAGAAAAACAACAAGAAGGAUAAUCACUGGAAUGUCCAGAGAAAAACACACACUGACCAUUUAGAAAAUGGAGGAUAAUCCAAUAGGACACAACUGGAAAGUUAGCGGUAAUAGAGUGACCUCUAUUGACGCUAACAAGUUUCUUCUUCGAAGAGUCGUGUGAGUAAGAAGAGUACUCAAUGGUUUCAAUCUGUUCUUCCAAAAAUAUUGGUCACAGGGAACGGCAAAAAAAUGAUCUGGAAGCUCUUUUCUGAGCUCUAAUAGAACCAGUAGAAUUAAAACUAGAGGAACCCUACUUUAGAAUAAUAUGAAAUCUGUUUAGUUAGACCAGAAAUAAUUUCGAGAGUAAUUCUUUGCAGGUCACACGUUAUAUCGAAAGCUGUUUUCACUGCAUAUAGAGAUAUGUUCCACAAGGUAUUGUUUUGCAAUAGUGAACAUCACAGAACGAAUCGAACCGUUUUUUUUUCGGAAUCGAGUUCGGCUCGAUAUUAUUCUCUGAUCAGCA